AUGCGUUAUGUAGUGAACAAGAUCAGAGUUGAAGAGGCAGAGAAGGGACGUGUGAACAAGAUAUAUGUGCCAUUUGGGGCGGGGCUUGAUGAAGAAGAGCUUGUGCUGGUGGACAACAAGUAUGCGUUCAGGUUUGAGUUUACGUCGGGAUCGAAUGUUCUCUUGAGCAAGAUUCAAAGGGAGUUUCUAAACAAAAAUAUUGGAAAAGACGAGGUGGACAUUAAGAGCCUGAAUGUUGUUGAGUGUGACCAGGUUUCGCUGUUGAAGCUUGAUGUUGAAAUAAUAAAUCUUGAGAAGAUAGAGAUUGAUGCAAAGGAACUUAUUGAGAAAUUCAAGGAUGCACAUGCUAUGUAUCCAUUCAACGCGGAUCAGAAGUUUUAUUUCUAUGUUGGAGAGAUUGGGCUGAAGAUGACUGUGCGGGAGAUUUUCACUGUGAUGGACAGUAAGUAUGGAAUUCUGCUGCGGAACACAGAGGUGUUCCUGAGUUCUGUGUCUGAGAGGCUUGUGAUUUCAAACAACUCGCGAGAGAACAUGCUGCUUGAUCCGAACUUCAAUUUUGAGUCGCUUGGGAUAGGAGGCUUGAAGCAGGAGUUUGGCAAAAUGUUCCGAAGGGCCUUUGUGCAGAGGGCAUUUGAUUCGGAGGUGAUCAAGAACUUUGGGAUUCCGCAUGUGAAGGGAAUAAUUUUGUACGGGCCUCCAGGAACGGGAAAGACAUUGAUAGCCAGGAAGCUUGGGUCGUUGCUGAAUGCACGGCCACCAAAGAUAGUGAAUGGGCCUGAGAUUUUGAACAAGUAUGUUGGGCAAAGCGAAGAGAACAUCCGGAAUCUGUUCAAGGAUGCAGAGGAUGAAUGGAGGGCAAAGAAGGAGGAUAGCAAUUUGCAUAUGAUAAUAUUUGAUGAGAUUGAUGCAAUAUGCAGAAGGAGGGGGAAUAGUGGAAACACUGGAGUUGGAGAUCAGGUAGUGAACCAGCUGUUGAGCAAGAUGGAUGGCGUAGAGGCGAUAGAGAAUAUAUUGGUGAUUGGAAUGACGAAUCGGCUUGACUUGAUUGAUGAGGCGCUUUUGCGGCCGGGCAGGUUUGAGAUACAUUUGGAAAUAUCGCUUCCGGACGAGGAGUCACGAGCAGAGAUAUUCAGGAUACACACGAAGACGAUGGAAAGCCACAAGUACCUUGAUGAAAGCAUUGAUAUUGCGAAGAUUGCAAAGCUUUCGAAGAACUACACGGGUGCGGAGAUAACUGCAGUUGUGAAAAGUGCAGUUUCGUUUGCUCUUGAAAGAAAGGUGCAUGGGGAGAAAGAAGAAGGAGGAGAGAUGAAUGUAAUAGCAGACAAGAACAUCAAGGUGUUUAUGAAUGACUUUAUCCAAGCACUUGAUGAGGUGAAGCCGGCAUUUGGAAUUAACGAGUCGAACUUCCAGAGGUAUGAGAAGAUGUUCUAUGAGACGCCUAUGUUUACGAAAGGGAUAGAGUAUGGAAGAGGGCUGCUGCAGAAGCUAAGCAAAACCAAUUUGUACAACACGUCGUCGCUGUUGUUUCAUGGUGGAGCAGGAGUUGGAAAGACCACACUGGCGGUGAAGGUAUCGAGACUCUCGAUGUAUCCGUUUAUCAAGAUUAUUUCGCCAAGGGAUAUAAUUGGGCUGAGCGAGCAUGAGAAGGUGAACUAUGUGAAGGACAGGUUUAUGGAUGCAUACAAGUCUGAGGAAGCGAUAGUGAUACUUGAUGAUAUUGAGAGCCUGAUUGAUUUUGUGAAUAUAGGGCCAAGGUUCAGUAAUGCGGUUUUGCAAGCAUUGAAGAUAUUUAUCAAGGAGGAGAGCAAGAAGAAGGUUUUUGUGAUUGGGACGACAGGCUCUGUUGAGGUGAUGAAGGAGUGUGGGAUAUAUGAGUGUUUCCAGACAUCGUAUGAGGUUGAAAGGAUAGGGCUUGCGGAUUACGAGAUUCUGUGCCAGCAGAACCCGAGUUUUGCAGAGAUUUGCUAUGAUGAGAUGGGGCACGAGGGUGCGUUGUCCAUUAAGCAGCUACUUUUGCUACUUAAUGAGCCCGAUAUAUCGCCGGAAUGA